AUGUCCAUCAUCCAGCACCACACCGCCGCCUCCCUCAGCGACGCCUGGCGCACCGUCAACAUCGACAUCCUGACCGAGGACUCGAGCGUAAACUUCGACACGUCGACGCUGCGCCCGCCGCAGCCCGAGAUCGCCGAGGCCGACGUGCGCGCGCUGGCCUCGCAGGUGCGGCAGCUGCUGAGGGGGGGCGACGCCGAGGGCGCGCUGAGGGGGUGUCUCGAGACGCCCGUGUACAACGGGACGGAUGCUGCAAAGGAGGCGCAUUUGCAGACCAUUAUUGAGGUGCUGCACUACAAGGGAAUGGCCAGCGGAGCCCCCGCCUCCGCCGUCUCCGCCGGGCUCAAGUCCCCGGCCAAGAUGACGCCCCAGUCCACCGGCUUCAGCCAGAUCGGCUCACGGCCCGGCGUGUCCAACGAGCCCGCGUCGGCGGCCAUGAGCGUGCUGCUGAGCUGGCAUGAGAAGCUGGUGGAGGUUGCCGGGCUGGGAUGCAUUGGCCGGACGAUGACGGACUGGCGGAGGGUAUGA